CUCGGCCCCGCCGCCGCUCCCGCUCCCGCUCCGCGCCGCAGUUUGCGUCUCUCCGUGUCUCUCCAGCGCCGGGGCCCGCCGAGCGCCGUGAGCGCGGAGCCGGGCGCGGGGCAGCGCCCGCCGCCGUCCCCUGCAUGGCGGGCGGCCCGCGGCGCUGAGCGCGGCCCGCGGCCGGCGCUCCCCCAGCAUGGCGCGGGGCGGCGGGCGGCUGCAGCCCCGCAACGCCGCUGCCCCUGCCCGGCGGGACCGGGGGCCGCUCGGCCUCCUGUGCCUGGCGCUGCUGUGCGCGCUGGGCGCCGCCGAGGCGGAGUUCUCCAUCCUGGACGAGGCGCAAGUCCUGGCCAGCCAGAUGAGGAAACUCGCCACCGAGGAGCUGAGGGUCGUCACCAUGCAGAGGAUAUUCAACUCCUUCGUGUACACGGAGAAAAUAUCGAAUGGAGAAAGCGAAGUUCAGCAGUUGGCAAAAAAAAUCCGUGAGAAGUUCAACCGUUACUUGGACGUCGUGAAUCGGAACAAGCAGGUCGUGGAAGCCUCAUACACUGCUCACCUCACCUCACCCCUGACUGCCAUCCAGGACUGCUGCACCAUCCCCCCGUCCAUGAUGGAAUUUGAUGGGAAUUUCAACACCAACGUGUCCAGAACCAUCAGCUGCGAUCGACUCUCGACCACUGUCAACAGCAGAGCCUUCAAUCCUGGACGUGACUUAAAUUCUGUCCUUGCUGAUAACCUGAAGUCUAACCCAGGGAUCAAGUGGCAAUAUUUCAGCUCAGAAGAAGGGAUUUUCACCGUGUUCCCAGCCCACAAGUUCCGGUGCAAGGGCAGCUACGAGCACCGCAGCAGGCCUGUCUACGUCUCCACCGUUCGCCCUCAGUCCAAGCACAUCGUGGUCAUCGUGGACCACGGCGCCUCUGUCACAGAGACACAGCUGCAGAUUGCCAAGGAUGCUGCCCAGGUGAUCCUCAGCUCCAUAGAUGAGCACGACAAGAUCUCGGUGCUGACAGUGGCGGACGCGGUGCGGACGUGCUCCCUGGACCAGUGCUACAAGACCUUCCUGUCCCCUGCCACCAGUGAGACCAAGAGGAAGAUGUCCACCUUUGUCAGCAGCAUCAAGGCGUCCGACAGCUCCACGCAGCACGCCCUGGGCUUCCAGAAGGCUUUCCAGCUGCUCCGGAACACCAACAACGGCACCAGGCUCCAAGGAAAUACUGACAUGGUCAUCAUUUAUCUCUCGGCUGGGAUCACAUCAAAAGAGUCCUCAGAAGAUGAUAAAAAAGCCACUCUGCGUGUCAUCAACGAAGAAAACAGCUUCCUCAAUAACUCAGUGAUGAUCCUCACUUAUGCCCUCAUGAAUGAGGGGGUGACAGGGCUGAAGGAGCUGGCCUUCCUGCGGGACCUGGCUGAGCAGAACUCGGCCAAGUACGGCGUGCCCGACCGCAGCGCCCUGCCCGUCACCAAGGGCAGCAUGAUGGUCCUCAACCAGCUCAGCAACCUGGAGACCACCGUGGGCAGGUUCUACACCAACCUGCCCAACAGGAUGAUUGAUGAGGCCGUGUUCAGCCUGCCCUUCUCGGACGAGAUGGGGGAUGGCCUGAUAAUGACUGUCAGUAAACCCUGUUACUUUGGGAACCUGCUGCUGGGAAUUGUUGGAGUAGAUGUCAACCUUGCCUACAUCUUGGAAGAUGUCACCUAUUACCAGGACUCCUUGGGAUCCUACACCUUCCUCAUUGAUAAUAAAGGGUACACCCUGAUGCACCCCUCCCUGACCAGGCCCUACCUGCUGUCUGAGCCUCCCCUCCACACAGACAUCAUCCACUACGAGAACAUUCCCAAAUUCGAGCUGGUGCGCCAGAACAUCCUCAGCAUUCCCUUGGGCAGCCAGAUCAUCACAGUUCCUGUGAACUCCUCGCUGUCCUGGCACGUCAACAAGCUGAGGGAAAUUGGGAAAGAAGCCUACAAUGUCAGCUAUGCCUGGAAAAUGGUGCAGGACACGUCCUUCAUCCUGUGUGUGGUGGUGAUCCAGCCAGAAAUUCCUGUGAAGCAGCUGAAGAACCUCAACACCGUCCCCAGCAGCAAACUGCUGUACCACAGGCUGGACCUGCUGGGCCAGCCCAACGCCUGCCUGCACUUCAAGCAGCUGGCCACCCUGGAGAGCCCCACAGUGAUGCUGUCUGCAGGCAGCUUCUCCUCGCCCUACGAGCACCUGAGCCAGCCCGAGACCAAGCGGAUGGUGGAGCACUACACGGCCUACCUGAGCGACAACACGCGGCUCAUCGCCAACCCCGGCCUCAAGUUCUCUGUCAGGAAUGAAGUAAUGGCAACCAGUCACGGCACGGAUGAAUGGAUGACCCAGAUGGAGAUCAGUGGCCUCAACAGCUACAUUGUCAGGCGUUACAUAGCAACCCCCAACGGGGUGCUGCGCAUCUACCCCGGCUCCCUCAUGGACAAAGCAUUUGAUCCCACCAGGAGACAAUGGUACCUGCAUGCAGUGGCCAAUCCAGGACUAAUCACCUUUACUGGGCCCUACCUGGACGUGGGAGGGGCUGGCUAUGUGGUGACCAUCAGCCACACUGUCCAUUCCUCCAGUGCUCAGAUGUCCUCAGGACACUCCGUGGCCGUGAUGGGCAUCGACUUCACCCUCAGAUAUUUCUACAAAGUCCUCAUGGACCUGCUGCCAGUUUGUAACCAAGAUGGGGGGAACAAAAUCAGGUGCUUCAUCAUGGAGGACAGGGGGUACCUGGUGGCACAUCCAACCCUCAUCGACCCCAAGGGCCACGCGCCCGUGGAGCAGCAGCACAUCACACACAAGGAGCCUCUGGUAGCAAACGACAUCCUGAACCACCCCAACUUUGUCAAGAAGAACCUCUGCAACAGCUUCAGCGACAGGACCGUGCAGCGCUUCUACAAAUUCAACACCAGCCUAGUGGGUGACCUGACCAACCUGGUGCAUGGCAGUCACUGCUCCAAGUACAGGCUGACGAGGAUCCCGGGCACCAACGCCUUCGUGGGCAUCGUCAACGAGACGUGCGACUCGCUGGCCUUCUGUGCCUGCAGCAUGGUGGACAGGCUGUGCCUCAACUGCCACAGGAUGGAACAGAACGAGUGUGAGUGUCCCUGUGAGUGCCCACUGGAGGUGAACGAGUGCACUGGAAACCUGACCAAUGCCGAGAGCAGGAAUCCAAGCUGUGAGGUGCACCAGGAGCCGAUGACUUUCACAGCCAUCGAUCCCAGCCUGCAGGAUGCACUCCCCCAGUGCAUCAACACCCAGUGCAACCAGAGGACAGAGAGUGGGGAUUGCUUUGGAGUGCUGGACUGCGAGUGGUGCAUGGUGGACAGCGAUGGGAAGACUCACCUGGACAAGUCCUACUGUGCCCCUCAGAAGGAAUGCUUUGGUGGCAUCGUGGGAGCCAAGAGCCCCUACGUGGAUGACCUGGGAGCAAUAGGAGAUGAGGUGAUCACCCUGAACAUGAUCAAGAGUGCCCCCGUGGGCCCGGUGGCUGGAGGCAUCAUGGGCUGCAUCAUGGUGCUGGUGCUGGCCGUGUACGCGUACCGGCACCAGAUCCACCGCCGCAGCCACCAGCACAUGUCCCCGCUGGCAGCACAGGAAAUGUCAGUGCGUAUGUCCAACCUGGAAAACGACAGGGACGAGAGGGACGACGACAGCCAUGAAGACAGAGGAAUCAUCAGCAACACGCGCUUCAUCGCGGCCGUCAUCGAGCGCCACGCGCACAGCCCCGAGCGCCGCCGCCGCUACUGGGGCCGCUCGGGCACCGAGAGCGACCACGGCUACAGCACCAUGAGCCCCCAGGAGGACAGCGAGAACCCCCCCUGCAACAACGACCCCCUCUCGGCCGGCGUGGACGUGGGGACCCACGACGAGGACCUGGAGCUGGACACGCCCCCGCAGACGGCAGCGCUGCUGAGCCACAAAUUCCACCACUACCGGCUGCACCACCCCACCCUGCACCACAGCCACCACCUGCAGGCCGCUGUCACCGUGCACACCGUGGAUGCCGAGUGCUGAGGACAGCACGGCCACCACCUGCAGCCUGUGGCACUGGGGACAGCAUGGCCACCACCUGCAGCCUGUGGCAGUGAGGACAGCACGGCCACCACCUGCAGCCUGUGGCACUGGGGACACCAUGGCCACCACCUGCAGGCUGUGGCACUGGGGACAGCACGGCCACCACCUGCAGCCUGUGGCACCGGGGACAGCACGGCCACCACCUGCAGGCUGUGGCACUGGGGACAGCACGGCCACCACCUGCAGGCUGUGGCACUGGGGACAGCACGGCCACCACCUGCAGGCUGUGGCACUGGGGACAGCACGGCCACCUGCAGGCUGUGGCACUGGGGACAGCACGGCCACCUGCAGCCUGUGGCACUGGGGACAGCACGGCUGCCACCUGCAGCCUGUGGCACUGGGGACAGCACAGCCACCACCUGCAGGCUGUGGCACCGGGGACACCACGGCCACCUGCAGCCUGUGGCACUGGGGACAGCACGGCUGCCACCUGCAGCCUGUGGCACCGUGCACUGAGGACACCACAGAUGCCACUCCAGAGCCAUGGGGACUGUGCUGCUCCCCAGGGACAACCUCACAGGUUUCCCCACCAAACUGAGGCAUCAGAGCUUUGCAUUUUUACAAAUGGAAGGUUGGCUCCGGCCUGCAAACGUGCUUGAUGGAUGGACCUGCCAAAACAUGGAGAAAAAUGGAGCAGGAGGCACGUUAGACCUCCAGGAACAGGGAUGGGAGUUUAUCCAGCAGCUGGAGUUUGCUGUGCUGAGCCAAGAGCAGAGAGAGAGCUUAAAGAGCCAGAGAUGGUUUGGUUUCCUUAACUGGAAGAGCAGGAAUCUGCAGCUGGAGAGCCCAGAAGUGCCAGACAGAGCAGGAAGGCUGCUGGCUUCUCUGCAGGUGGAGAGCUCCCUGUGCCCACGUUGCUCUGCGGGACCUGGGACAAUGCAUCUCAAGAUUUUUAAGUAAAGGAUUAUUUUUCUACUAUUUAUUGAACUUGAAACUUUGGGGGGAGGGAGGGGAGAAAACCUGUUAGGGAUUCUCACCGAGUACCACGUGCAUUCUGUGCUGGGGAAGGGGCUCUUCCCAGGAAAGCAGCUGUUCCUUGGGAGCUGACCUUCAGCCAGUGCCCCACUCUGCAAAGGGAAAAUGAAGAAGCCCUCUCUGCCUCGGUGUUUACAUUAGGAUUGCUUUCUUUUCCACACUUAUUUCCUGUAAAUAUUACAGCCUGAUUUCUAUUCCAGUAUUGUCUUCCUAUCUGCAGAGGAGAAAUCCUGUACUCCGUUGCUAAAAUUCAGAGAAUUAUGCCCAGAAUCUGCCCACAAACUUCUCCAUCUUCAUCUCUUCGCUCAUCUUUAAAGGAUUCCUGUGUGGAAGUAAUAAAGAAUUUCUUUAGCAUUAGUUACCAGAUAAUCCCAAAUGGAAUCUGUGCCAUUCUUCUGUUUCCUUGGACCACAAGUAGGGAUAAACCAGUGUUCUGUCAAACUUGGGUUACUGUGGAAGAAACCUUGAAACCAUAAUGAGAAGCUGCUGCUGUUUGUCUGGAAUUUUAACCUUGCUUGGUAAUUCAAAGAGAGAUUAAUCAAUGUCUACAACAAAGGGCAUCAUAAUUAUCAAUAUGUUUUCAAUCACAGUGUUGUAUUUUAGAUUCACAUCUUGUGAUUACAAUGAUAUCAAGCAGUUCUUGCACUGUGCAUAUGGUAAACAUCCAUUUAUAUGUAGGUUUUUUUUUUAAAUCACUUGUUUUAAUUAAUAUGGUACUUAAUACUGUAUUAUGUAAAAAAUGGGUUCUUAAACAGUACAGUAAAAUAACUCUAUGUGUGAUACCAGGAUAUCCCUUUAUACUAUGUAUAAAAUUAAAAUCUCUAGUGAAAUAAACUGUAUAUAAGUGUAGAUCUGUG